AGAAGAGAAUGAAGAUGAAAGAGCAAAGCUUUGCUGGCCCUGAGGCAGGAAACAUACAGGGAGGGAGCAGUGCAGAGCCCUGGGAAGGAAGAGUGCAGGAGGACCAGCCUGGGAGCAACACCUGCUCAGAGACGGAGCGCCAGGGCUUCAGGGACUUCUGCUACCAGGAGGCCGAAGGGCCCAGAGAGGUUUGCAGCCGACUCCACCACCUUUGCCACCAGUGGCUGAAGCCAGAAAGGAACACGAAAGCUGAGAUGCUGGACCUGGUGGUCCUGGAGCCGUUCCUGGCUGUCCUGUCCCCGGAGGUGGAGCGCUGGGUCAGAGAGUGUGGAGCGGAGACCACUUCCCAGGCGGUGGCCCUGGCAGAAGGCUUCCUCCUGAGCCAGGCAGAGGACCAAGGUUUCAAGGAUAGGGGACAAGAGUAG